AACCACAUACUUUUCACGUGGUCUGACAAGAGGAAAGCGCCUCCCAUCCCACCACUGCCAGUGAUGUCGUCUCUUCUGAGGGAGGAGAUGCAGAGAGUUUUAUUCCGACCUUCAAAACAGUCACUGGUGGAGUAUAUUGAGAUUGAAGAGCCAACACACGGAAGACAUUUUCUUUGUGUCUCAGUUGCUAAAAAGAAAUUAGUGCAGUUAUGUAUAGUGCGAUGUCAGAUAUCUCAGACGGCCCUGAAGUCUGGAUCCAAAGGGUCCCACACCGAACGCUCCAGCAUACAGGAGUGCUACAGGAAGGCGGAGGUUUGGUCCCUGCAGGACCUGACUCUUGUUGACGGACGGGAUGCUGAUGUGGAUGACCCCUGUUUCCUGCUGCACUUUGACAAGGUCCGUACAGUGACGGCCGUCAGCUGCUCGGCCAAAUAUUCGUUUGUGCGUGCCCUGUUUGCUCUCAGCGAACAGCACUGCCAGAAGCCACUAAACCUGCGGAACUUUGACUGGGCCUACAUCACGCCCACCGCCUUCUACUCUAACAGAGGAGACUGUGUUGUGCUAACACAGAUUUGCUUCUAUGCUUUAAAUUUGGUUUGUCUGUCCAUGUGUCCCGUGCCUCUGGAUGCAUAAUGGAAUGACGCAAUGAUUGUGUGUGUGUCAUUUAACGUGUAUGUGUGUAAAAACAUGUGUUGAGAAGGAAGUGUGAAAUGGGUGUAGUAUUGUGGAAUCUGUUACAACAAAAGGGCUUAUUUACCAUGAAAUGUCUUUUGCAUCAAUACUCUGCUGAAUGUAUCUUCAUGGCAAAUGCAAGUUUUAGGGCGCUAAGUGUUUUUUUCGAAAGUACAAUCCUGUACUGUGAUAAUUUCAUGACUUAUCCCUGAAAGUAUUCUUUUCUCAGUGCUAUUGUAUAAAUGUCCAUUUCAA